AAGAAAUGGAAAUAAAACAAAAAGGCUUUAUACACACACAAUUAUUUUAUUGGGCCCAUUUAUAUAUUGAUAGGCCCAGAGUGGCCUGCUUUCUCUAAGCAACUCUCACCUGGUUCUGUUCUCUCUCUGUUCAGAGGAGGAGAAUAUCCAAAUCGAUCCGUUGAAAAGUGAGUUUCUGAGCUAUGUCGAGUGCGGUGGACGCGACGGGGAACCCGAUCCCUACUUCUGCAGUGUUGACUGCGUCGGCGAAGCAUAUAGGUCUAAGAUGUAUGCCGGAGAACGUUGCGUUUCUGAAAUGCAAGAAGAACGAUCCAAACCCUGAGAAAUGUCUCGACAAGGGUCGUGACGUCACUCGCUGUGUCCUUGGCUUGCUGAAGGAUCUUCACCAGAAGUGCCAAAAGGAGAUGGAUGACUACGUUGGGUGUAUGUAUUACUACACAAACGAGUUUGAUCUGUGUAGGAAAGAGCAAGAAGCCUUCGAGAAAGUGUGUCCCCUGAAAUGAGAUUCACAAGUUUAAAUUUGUAAUCUCAUAAUAAAGGAAAAUGUUCAUUUUUAAAUGAGCUUUACUCUCUUCGUUUUGUUGUGGUCACCAAUUUUUUUCCCCUCUCAAAUGCUUUCGUAGCUAGUUCUUAAAAGACAGCCAAAUGAGUCAGUUUUCAUUGUUUGAUGGUGGUUCUUUAAUCAGCACAGAAUCUGUUUUAUAUGCUUAUAUUUUGCCAU